UAUAGUUAUAUAUAUAUAGUACAGCCUCUUUUUGGUUCAUUGCUGUGUCUUAAACACAACAAGAAACAUGAACGGCGUGGCUGCUGUCGGGGGAGGAGGAGGAGGUGGUAGGGUUUCGACGUCGAUCCCUUCCCACGUGCGGAGGACGAUCCAUGACAUCAGGGAGAUCACGGGCAAGCAGCACAGCGACGAUGAAAUCUACGCCGUGCUCAAGGAGUGCUCCAUGGAUCCCGAUGAGACCGCCCAGAAGCUCCUUUAUUUAGAUACAUUCCAUGAGGUGAAAAGGAGACGUGAUCGUAGGAAAGAGAAUUUGAGCAACAGAAAAUCUGAAGGUUCUAGGUUCAUGCAGGGGAGAUUGGCUAGGGUGGUCAAGAUUAUAGUGGUGGAAGGAAUGUGGCUGCUAGAGAGGAAAAUGGUGACAGUCACAACACAGAGAGAGGACGUUCUAUGCCCUCUGCUUUCUCGGUUGCACAGAAAACAGGAAAAAAUGCAGCUCCUCUCCUAUUUUUUUAUCAUUUACAGAUCUUCAACUGUCAUACCAAAUGGACCCAGAAGUCUGUCAGAUGGCAAUUCACAUAAUGGAAUUUCCUCCCACUCAUCUGUGGGUGGUCUUACCAACGUCCCUAAAGAUAGUUCAGCAGUUGAUGUGAACAAAUUGGGGGGUGCACAACCAAAAUAUGCUGCUGUUGCAGCCAUUUCUCCCACUGGCCCUGCAGAAGUAGUUAAGCAAGCAAAGUCUACAUCAGAUUCUGACCAACUGUCACCUUCUGCUGCUCCAGUAACCGUGUCCAGUGCCUGUUCCUCUGUUUUAGAUCCAGUUCUGACGCCAGCUCUCUCCCAGCAUCCGAGUGCCGUAUAUGCAACUGAACACGUAGGGAGCCAAAGGCUAGCUGCUGAACCAAAUCAUCUUCAAGGAAAAAAAGAUGUUCCCCAAGAUGUUAGUGACUUAGAGUUGCCUAAGAAUGAAAAAACAGCCUCCCGGGAUGUGAGCUCCAUCCACGAAAAAGAGUCAUCGGAGAAGUCCAGGGCAGUUCAAACAAAUAUUGUUUCUCAGUCAUUUCUACCUUCUUCAGUAUCAGACAAUUCUUUGGCCAUUAGCUCUUCUUCAGAUUCUGCUAGCCGCUCAACACAAGAGUCUGAUGUUCCCGAAGGAGUGAUCUCAUCCAAAGUUGCAACUACUAUAGUUGAAGUCAUCUCUCCAUCACCCAAUGAGUUGAAUGUUAAUUUCAGGCCACGUGUUACUUUUCCAAAUCAUUUUUGGGUCUCUGAAGCACUGAAGAAUGGAUUAACUUUUGGGAACUUUGAUUCUAAUGCUGGAUUAAAUAUAGAAUCUGUUGGUGGAAUUGGUGGUGGCAAUAACUCAUCUUCUGCUGUUGAGUCUUCUCAGGGGAUUUAUGAAAUUGCCAAGGAACCUUCUAGCAAUCAAAUUGUAUCCUCAAAUGCACAUGAUAAUUUUCCUGAUCACAAAGAAUCUCUCCCUCAGCCUGUUCUUGAAAAGGUAAAUCCUUCAGAAUCCAAUGUGGCUAGUGCGGGCUCAAAAGAUGACGAGUUGAAGCAGGAAAUAUCGUCGCCUCCAGAAGGUGCAAACCCAACUGUUCAAAAUGCACCAAACUACAAUCUUGGUUUAGUGUCGACCAUGCUAGGGAGCCAACUUGUGCACUUUGGAGGAUCUGAAUCUCAGGCUCAGGAAACAUCUCGUUAUUCAAACUUGAGUGCAAAUUCUCUGGCUUUGUCUAGUCGUACUCCAACUCCACCUCUUCAGAGCUCUGUGAUUCCACAGUCGGUUCCUGUUUUAAGGCAGCCUUAUCCUCCUAACUUCAUUCCGUAUGGCCAUUACUACCAUCCAUUUUAUAUGCCACAUUUACACCAAUAUUUAAGCCACAUUGGGUUUCCCCAGCAGCCUUCUACUGCCAAUGUGUAUCUAAGUCCAGCACCUGCUGCUCACGCUGGAGUUAAAUCGUCUCUGCCUCAAUUGAAGCCUGAAGCUAAUGCAGGUAACCCAAAUCAUAUUGGACUUUCAUUUGGUGGUUCAUUCAUACCUCCCCCUGUUGGUUACGGUCCUGGUUCAGCAGUGACCUCUGGAAGCUCAGCUGGUAUUGAGGAUCUUGCAACAUCUCAAUUGAAGGAAAAUCAUAUCUACACGACUGGGCCACUGAGCGAAGUUUCAGCUGUCUGGAUUCCGAGCCAAGAUAUAUCCAGCUUACCAGUCAAUUCAUCAUAUAACUUCUCCCCUCAUGGACAGCAUAUGUCUUUCUCACCCGCUCAGGCCAGCCAUGGUGCCUUUACUGGAAUCUAUGCGGGGCAGACAUUAACUGCUUCUUCAACACUUCUGCAACAGUCACAAGCCUUGGCCGGAGCUGUUGAGACAGGAGGUCCUCCAUCUGGUGUUUUUCAGCAGCCUCAACAUGCACAGAUGAAUUGGAUUAGUAAUUUUUGAUCUGGCAUGAGGGAGGCUGCAUUAUAGAAAUAGAUGAUUGAUGUCGAUAAGUCUGGGAGAGUACGAGAAACAAGCCUGAGUGUAAAUAUGGAACUUGGCCCAGAUCUUUUCGGAAAUGAUAUUUUGUGGAGAUAGCUGAGUAUAAAGUCUCGUGUACUGAUUACACUUUUGACAGGAAGCAGGUGGUGUCCUAGAGUUAGUUUUGUCCUCAUUUAUUUUUCAGCGUUUUAUUUUUGGAGAAGUGCAACGGCUACAGAAAUUUUAUAAAAAUAAAUUUACAAAUUGACGUAGUUUCAUGUGAUACGUUAGAUCUACUUUACAGUAAAAGUAAUUUUACAAUCA